AUGAAAUCAAUCCUUAUUGCUCUUCUUGUUAUUGCUGUCAUCGCUGAUGAAGCAUGUGUUAAAGAAAAAUGCCCAAAUCAAUAUAAUGCUUGUGUUGCUGAAGUCUUUGGCUGUGCUUCUAAGGCCUUAAACUGCAAGAACAAAUGCGGAGAGGCAGACCCAUGCUAUCAUGACUGUGCUUACGAAUCCAAAAAUAAGAAAUUGAUUGACUUAUAUGAAUGCGGUCUUAAAUACUGCCCCAACACUGGAUAUUGGAAUCUUAUCCUUUAAGGAUGCAAUGUUGAAUAAUGUGUUGCUGAUUUCUAAGUUGAAUGCUUAUAAUCCACUAACCUCAGAGCAGUGGAGUGCUUAAUGAACUUUUCAUAAAGACAUCCCGAAUGCGAUUGCUUAAACGAAUGAUGCUAUAAUACGUUUAAAUUUCAAAUAUUUCAUAAAAAUAGAUUGUUCUA